UUACCGACAACUUUUCUUACUCUUGAAUGAAGCACUAUCCCGAAGUAACAAUGUUAUAGGUUCAGGGGAACCUUUUUGAUUGUCGUCGCAAUACGGGCCCAUCUUAACCUGUACAAAUUAUUGCUGUGCUCGUUUCUUUGUUACUGACAUUUGCUUUACUUUGUACACUCUAUUAAUUGAUCUACAAUUUUAAGUCGAGUCUUAGCCUAUUAGUGUUCACACAAUUUACAUCAACUGAUAUCCUUCGUGGACAAGCUGUCAGUCAGGAGGACAUCUGCUCUCCUUUAAUCAAUACUGUUGGUGUAGUGAUCCUGAUUGUAAACUGACACACUUAGAACUGCUAAAUACCGAUCUCUGUUGAAGGAGUCAUUAAUGUCUCUUCUUCCUGUUUUUUAUAAUAUUUGUUUUAUUCAAGAAAGUGAAGACUUUAACUCUGAAUUUAUGUUGUUCUCUCUUUUUACUUUCGGUUCUCAGAGAUCAGUUGUAUGCUGCCAGUCCUAGAACUCGAGUACAACGCAAACUGCUUGAUGCUGCUGCCUCGUCUCCAAGUGUUUAUGAGCCCCACUUCUUGCGUAAUGUUCUUAGUCCCCAAAAUAAGAAAAUUGGACAAUAUUCGAGCCCGCAGAAAAACAAGGAAAAUGCCAGGAAUGUUUUACUCUCACCCAUAUUUAAGGCUCUAAAGGAUCAUGAAGAAUCAACUAUGAAAGGCCGUCACACUCCUCAAGAGUACUUGGCAAGCGAGGGUAGUUCUUCCGCCAGUGAGGAAGUGGCAAUUUCACCUAGUAAAUGCAGUGUAAGAAGACCUGUUAGGAAUCUGAAUAAAGAGUUUGUCAACUCUCCAUGUAAAAGAUCAAGUGAAGAUAUUCCUCAAGGAAAGAAGUUGAAGAACUGUGAGGAAACUGAAGGUGUUGAAAACGUGGCUGUAGAUGUACAUGCUGCUUUUGGGCAGUAUGUUGCAGCAGAAAUGAGGCGUUUAGAUUCUGAUAGAGCUGUCCGUUUGCUCAAGCAUAAAAUUAUGAAGUCAAUUUUAGAAGUGCAGUCAGAGUUAGAGGUGGAAGGCUAAUAAGUAGUGUUUCAAUCUACUCAUUGUCAGCUUGGAAAAUUUAUGUAGAUUGCAUAGAAAAUUCAAAGCUGUCUAAGUAUUAAUUUGUUUUUAAUGUGUGUGUGCGAUAUUUUUAUUAUCCAACUACAGUAUUGUCUUUAAAUUGUCUUUUACUAAUGACUUUUAAUUCAAACCAUAUGAGAGUGAUAUUUUAUCAAUCUGUGAACAAUACCAAAUCAGUAUUGUUACGAGUGAAGAAUAAUUAUCUAUUCUAAUCUAAGUCACCUGCAAAUAUUUUAUGCUUUGUUGUAGAUGUAUACAUCAUGUCUCUAUUUGUCAAUAUUUUUGCAUGCAUAACUUAUAUUUAACCAAAUAAUUUUACUAAUAUGUGCAAUACAUGUGUGCAAUACAUGUGUGACUAAUACCUAAGUAGUGUAACUGUGCUCUUGAUGGUGUGUUUGGUUUCCUAAUUAUUUUAUGUACCUCAAACCUUUUUAUGAUGUAAAUAAAAGCAAAGAUGCCAA